CUCUUCAGUCUCCACUCUCCCUUCUCACCGCAGACUGAACGUCACGUCCGCACUUGAACUUGAGUUUUCUCCCAUUGUAGAAGCCAGAGAGAAGCACAGAGCCGCACAGAGCCGCACACUGCCGCACACUGCCCGGGGAUGCGGGACUCUGCAGCGAGCACAAAGACAAGAGAGGGAGGUAGCCUGUCCUCAGAGCAACACUGGGCUUUGACUCCACUAGUUAAAGUGUAACCCGCCCGCCUGGCACUGCUGGUGCUGCAGAAGAAGUGCCCACCACUUUGCGAGAAGUCCCGAAAAGGACAUUGGAUUCCUAUUGGACUCACUUUCAGACGUUAAUUGGCGUCAAUUCACCUGCUGGACAGGGACGCACAGUGUCCAGGUGUCCGGAGAGUGGACACAGCUGACCGGCCGGGUUUCCUCCUCUCCACCCUGCUCCUCUCCACCCGGCUCCUCUUCCGCUCUCCUCUGACAGAUGGUGUGAAAUCGCGGAAGGCAGAGUCGGACUACCCCCUCCCUCACCACCAGAAGGGAGGCGCGCCACCACUUUGGAACUGAACUCCGACCGCCCGCCCAGCGCUGUGCUCCGGCCGGCCACAGCAGAGCAGGAUCCGCUGCCCAUUGGAGGGACAUCCACCGCACAGGGGUCAGUCCGAGGGCCACACCUGGGACAGAGCCGAGGUCAGCUCUGGGCAGCCAGCAGCAGGAGGAGACGCCACCCUUCCAGCGCCGCUCUCCGGGCGAUGCCAGUGUAAAUGCCAGGGCGAUGUCCCGACGAAAGCAGGGUAACCCGCAGCACCUGUCCCAGAGAGAAAUAACACCGGAGGUCGAGCUCCCAGAUGGCGGACUGCUCUCCAACUCUCUUUCCUUCCACCCCCUCCACCCCCUCCGCCUGCCCUCUCACCCGCUUGGCCUCCCUCCCCACCCGUUGGACCCCAGUCUGGCCCCCGCCCUGCCCCCCGGCCUCCACGCCGACCACGACCUGCUGACCUGCGGCCAGUGCCAGGUGACCUUCCCCCUGGGAGACAUCCUCCUCUUCAUCGAGCACAAGAAGAAGCAAUGCCAGACGCCGCUGCUACUCAACGGCUGCUACGAGAAGAUGAGCGACCGGGGGGGCGGAGGGGGGAGUCCGUCUCUGCAGAGCCUCCAUCAGCACGCCCAGAGGGGGGGGCUGAGGAAGGUGCUGCAGCCGGUGGAGGUUGGCAUCCAGGUGACCCCAGAGGAGGAGGAGGUUGGAAGAGGUGAGAGGCGAGAGAGGACGCCCAUCAAAGGAAUUUUCCCCAAGCAGGAGCACACCCCCACAGGUGGCAGGGAUGAGCCUUCCAGCUAUAUAUGUACCACAUGUAAGCAGCCCUUCCCCAGCGCCUGGUUCCUGCUGCAGCAUGCCCAGAAUAGCCACGGCAUUCGGAUAUACCUGGAGUCCAACCCCUCAAACACUGCCCUCACCCCACGCCUCGCUAUGCCUCCACCCAUGGGCAACGACUCCAUCCCGCAGUCCCCCCUCACCAACUUUCUCGGGGACAACAACCCCUUUCACCUAUUGAGGAUGGCGGGACCCCUGCUCCGGGAGCCUCCCCCAGGCUUUAUGGAGAACCGGCUUCCCAACACGCCUCCAUUCAUCAGCCCGCCUCCCCGCCACCACCUGGACCCCCAUCGACUGGAACGCCUUAGCGCAGAGGAAAUGGGCCUCAUAUCACAGCACCCCAGUGCCUUUGAGAGGGUGAUGCGGCUAACGCCCAUGGCCAUGGAGUCCCAGUCCAUGGACUUUUCCAGGCGGUUACGUGAGUUGGCAGGGAACAACAACAACACCACUCCACCUUUGUCCCCCAGCAGGUCCAACCCUAUGCACCGACUGCUAAACCCCAAUCCCUUCCAGCCUGGGCCAAAAUCACCUUUUCUGAGCACCCCUCCCUUACCGCCGAUGCCCCUAAACAGCACCACCCCUCCCCAGACACAGAACAAAGUCAAGUCCUGUGAGUUCUGCGGUAAGACCUUCAAGUUCCAGAGCAACUUGGUGGUGCAUCGGCGCAGCCAUACUGGAGAAAAACCAUACAAGUGCCAGUUGUGUGACCACGCUUGCUCUCAGGCAAGCAAGCUGAAGCGCCACAUGAAGACCCACAUGCACAAGGCUGGAUCCCUGACGGGGCGCUCAGAUGAUGGACUGUCCACCACAAGCUCCCCAGAGCCCGGCACCAGUGAUGUCACAGGUGAAGGCAUGAAGAAUCGUGAUGGGGACUUCCAGGGGGAAGGCAACGAGGAGGAAGAAGAGGAGGAAGAAGAAGAGGAACUUGAGAAUGAGAGUCGACCAGUGUCCAACUUCAGCAUGGAGUGUGAGUUCUUCAGGAACAGGGAGAACGGCUCUAAACUGCCCUCAGAGGACAAGCCAUCACUCGCCCUUGAGAAAAUGGUGGAAGGUGGGGGUCUAAACUCUAUUCAGCAGUACAAUAAUUUAAUAGUUGACAAUCGUAAAAGGAUGCCCUUCACCAAGAGGGGUUCCGAUGGCCUGAGGGACACAGGGGAUGAGGACUCAGUGGCUGGGGAGAUAAACCACCACCACCAGCAGGAAGAGAGGACCACCAUUAAUGGCCGGAACUGUGGCUCUGUUGACUCUUUCUCAGGCCUGUUUCCACGUAAGCCCACCCCUAUCACCAGCCCCAGCCUGUCCAUCUCCUCAAAUAAGAGGAUCAAGAUUGAGAAGGACUUGGACAUUCCCCCAGCACCCCAUAUUCCCUCAGAGAACGUGUACUCCCAGUGGUUGGUGGGCUAUGCUGCCUCACGCCACUUCAUCAAAGACCCUUUCCUCGGCUUCACUGACUCCAGACAAUCGCCCUUCGCCACCUCCUCUGAGCACUCGUCCGAGAACGGCAGCUUGCGGUUUUCAACGCCUCCGGGUGACCUGCUGGAUGGAGGUCUUUCAGGACGCAGCGGCACCGCCAGUGGAGGCAGCACGCCUCACCUGGGUGGAGGUCCAGGCAGGCCUGGCUCCAAGGAUAGCAGGAGGUGCGACACCUGCGAAUACUGCGGUAAGGUGUUCAAGAACUGUAGCAACCUGACGGUGCACCGGCGCAGCCACACAGGUGAGAGGCCCUACAAGUGUGACCUGUGCAACUAUGCCUGUGCCCAGAGCUCCAAGCUCACACGCCACAUGAAGACACACGGCCAGCAUGGGAAGGAUGUCUACCGCUGUGACAUUUGCCAAAUGCCCUUCAGCGUGUACAGCACCUUGGAAAAACAUAUGAAAAAGUGGCAUGGUGAACAUUUGAUGACAAAUGAAGUCAAAAUUGAAGAAGCCGAGAGAACAUAAAUUGGUGUCUCUCUUUCCAGACUUUGCACCACACUUUGACAAAAAAAAACUAACAAAAUGGGGUAGCUGGAUACUCUUUUUCUGAAAUGUUCAUUUUGGGUCAAUUUUGUGUUUUUAAGAAACUGCCAAAUGAGAAAACAGAGAUCUUAACACCACUUAAGGCUGUCUAAACUGCCUCAUUUGGGGUUCCUUUUUAAACAAUCAGUCAGUUGAGUUAUAAUAUAUGUGGAGCCUUUAACUGUGCAAUAAUUUCUGUAUUUAUUCAAUUUUGUAUUUUGGCAUGUGCAGGUACAUUAUUAUUUGGGCUUUUUUUUUUGUAUAUUUGUUUUACUUGAUUUAGCAUUUCUCUGUUUUUUAAAACCCCAUGUUAUCCUGAGAGUUUUUUCAGAAGACAAAGGUCAAUUUUGUUUUUUUUGGCCGCUGCUUGUAGUAAAUUGUAUAUUAAGCUAAACGUGUGAUUUCUUGAAGAGAGGCUGAAUUCAAUCUUCAAUUUGAAAGUGGCGUUAACUGAGAAUGCUAGAAUUAGUCUAUUUUGUGUGAUGAUGAUACGCGGACAACAAUCCUUGUAGCAUGAACUGAGUCUAAAACAUGUCAAUAUAAUUGGAUAUGUAGCACUGAGCGUCAUAUUUGACAGUAAAUCUAAAAUCAAAGAGGAUCCCAAGGUUCCUGCUGAGAACAGAACUACCAGCCAGAGGAAACACAUCUGGAUAAGGCAGCUGCUGACUGGUACGUGGUCCCAAGCCCCGACAACGCUACGACAACCAUCUUCUGCUUUCCAGCCCCUCCAUCUUCAUACAUCCAUUCAUUAUACUUUGCAUCAAGCCAUAUGAUCUAGGCCAUUAUUUAUAUGGAGUAAACUGAGCAUGAAGCCAUGCAAUACGAGUAUGCUUAGAGAUAGAUAGAAGACUCAGACAACAGCACAGGGACAUCUCAGGGUGAGCUUUACUACUUUUGUGAUUAACCCAAUAUUUUCUGCAUUUCCAUUUCAUCAUAUGUUGGAAUUAGCGACAGUACAACACCCCCCCACCCCCCCCACCAGGCUAAUGCCCAGGCUUUGUCCUCAAUUUAAAGUGGUUAGACUAAUUUAUAUUUGAAGUCACAGCUUGUAAAUAUGACAUGAAUUAGUUUAGAGAGGGUUACAUGUGUGUGAAUACAUGGCAGACUACUCUUAGUUUCCUGCAGAAAAUUGAAUUUGAUUGAUUUUAUUGUUAAGAUUUAUAAAAAUCAACAACCCUAUGCAUUUUGUGCUCAAAUGUCUCUCAUGACAUUUUUUUGAAAAGUGGUAGAGUAAAUGUUAACUUGUAUCUUCAUAGUGAUCUAUAAAUGUAUAAUCUGAUUACUGAAGUCACCAUGUGGUUAAGGAAUCCACUAAGAAUAGGAAUCCUCAAAGGUUUCACCAUUAGUUGUAGGACAGUUUUGUGUAAAAGAGGAAAUGAUAUGUCAAUGUGAGUGGAAGUAGUAAGACUAACGGUAAGACAUCAUUUUCGCUCCAUGCCCCUUUGUUUUUUUAAAUAUCAUAACCCCAUCCACCUUCAUAGCUGCGGUCAAUUCAUAAAUCUAGAGUUCUUAGCAACAGAUCCGCACUUUAUCAUUUCCCCGUCCGACACAGAGAGAGCUGGACAGAAAGGUACUGAAGGGUGGAGAGCUUUGGGGUCUGCUGAUGCUGAAGUGCCCAGGGUUGUUAGGCAAGGCUUUUCCAAUGCUGGCACUAUACAAAAAAAAGGAAAUAUCAUUUAUUUGGGACAGUUUUUGUACUGCCAUUCAAUUUGACAUGAGUGUGCCUUGAAUAAUGAUCUUCCUAUUUAUUGUCUCAGACAAAUGCAACACUUUUUAUGAAGCAUCAAAUUGAACAACAAAAAAUGUGAACUUUAACUUGUAGUUUGACAUUUCCACGGAAAUAUAAAUUAAAUAAUGCUGAGUUCAGGCUAGGAGUACCCAGCACAAUAUCAGUGUGUCUGUGUGUGUGUAUAUAUGUAUGCAUAUGUACAUAUAAAGGCACAAACCUAUAUAUAGAUAUAUAUCAAAUUCCUCACUCAUUAGGACAAUAGUCGGUCCAACAACAAAAAGCCACUCAAAAGGUCAAGGAAGAGACUCAACAAAAAUCAGGAAAUGCAGAAACUAAAAUAAAAUGAAUUUAGUGCACUCUGUCUUACAAUAAGUUUACAGUAUUAAAACAAGUACAAGGGUAAAAUAAUAUGUGUGUGUAUGUGUGUUUUGAACAAACAAGUAUUUUUUUUUCAGUUUUGCUUAUGAAGUUUCUCUGAAUGCCGUAGUGGCGAUGUGUAUAUUGUUUUAUAUUUUUUCCGGGUUUUUUUUUGGUGACGGGGUUUUAGUAUAUAUAUAUAUAAAAACAUAUGAAUAUAUAUUACGUUUUUCUUGUUUACUGUAAAAGUAUACCAGUAUUUGUAAUAUUGGAGAAUGCCUGGGCAUUUUACAAAAAUAGAAAAAAGGUUGUUUUUCUUUUCUUUUUUUUGCAGUCCAAUUUAAAUUGUGGGUCUCUUAAACUGUUUUUGUCACUGUAAUUGUAAAAGUCUUAAGUUUUAGUAACUUUUAUUCUGCCUUGGGUGUAAUGAAAUAAAAAUAAACACAUUUAAAAAUGACUUGGAUUUGGUGGUGGGAUGGCUGUUGGGGUUUGGUGGGUGGACGGGUUUUCUACCUUAGAACUUCAGAACAUUUGUUCUGCUUUCCAGAAGAAACACUGAGAAUACUGACUUGUAUCUAGUUCUCUUCUUCUUGAAUGGAGUAUUCUUCAUGGAUGGUUUGAAAUACAAUUGUAGGCACUUGCUGUCUUUCCUAAGGAGCUUCUUUUUUUUACUUGAAGGCUAUGUGCAUCCUGUUGUGAACACAGUACCUCGUCAUGUCUGCUCUUAUAUCUGGUGCAGGGGAGCGUGACUUCCUGCCAAUGAAAAGAUAAAACUCACAGGCUGCCACCAGCUGUCUCUCUCUUUGGCAGUACAAGUAUCUGAUUAAUUUGUACUUGUAAUGAAUCGUACUGAAUCACAUUGUACAGUAAGCGAUCACAAGGCUGUUAGACAGUCUUAAAGUAACACAGCCAAUGUUCAGUUUACCGCUCCAUUAUUUGUACAUAGUUUUCUAUGACGCUGUUUUACUUUUUAUUUGUUUGUGAUCUUUAACUGGCACUGGCGGUGACUUCCUGUUUCUGAAGGGGGGGUGGCGCGGUGUUAUUCUGUUUGAACUUUGUGACCUUCAUGUGUGUUUUCCGGCACAUGCCUCCCCCAUUGAUAUUCCUCGCAUUGAGAACAGAGCACAAAUACAAGCUGUUACAAUUAUUCAUC